UCAGUCUCAAACAAAUACUUCGUUGGUAAUAACAGUAUAACAAGUAUUUUUUAGUUGUUUUGGUUUAUUUACUUGCAGUUAAUACCAAUAAAUAUUGAAUAUCAAGAUGCAUUCAUCGUCUGUUUUAAUUUUCGUUAUGUGUUUGUUUACUAUUAUCGUUACAAAUGAAUGUAAUCCGAUGCCCAGGGAUCGUAUUUACCAGUAUACUGGACCUCACCACGGAUACAAUUCUCACAGUUAUCAUGAUAAAUAUUUCGAGCAAAGUAGGAACGAAAGUAAAGACAGCGCAGAACAUAGUAAAGAACAAUUAACUGCAACUGGAAAAAUCUGCCACAAUUGUAGAUUUAAAGAAAUUGGAAAUGGCUAUAAAAACAUUAACGAAGUGGUUAUUUACAGUUCGAAAGAAGAACCAACGUUAAAAAAUCACUAAAAAACAAUUGUUAAAAGACUUCCGUCCUCCGUCAAUCAAAAUUUUUUGCAUCAAUAUUAUUUUGUACUAUUGCUGAAGCAACUUGUUCAUAUUCAUAUUUAAUGUUAUAUUUUAUUACUUUAGUA